UUUUCGAGAGAAAGUCGGAAGCUCUGAUAUAUCCAAUGGCGGAAGUUUUGGUAUUGGACGCGGCGAUCAGUGAUUGGGUGCUGAUCCCUCUAUCGGUGGUGAUGAUGGUUCUCAUCGGAUUCCUUGGAUACGUCAUCUCCAAUCUCACGGAUUCUUCUGAGUCCCCCGACGACAAUUCCAAAAUCGUCAAAACAUACAUGCCUCUGCAGUUCGUUGUUAGGGCUAGAAAUCUACGGGCCAAGUCGUUCCGAGCUAACGAGGUUCUGGUUCUUGGAGAGUUCUCAACGUGGAUGAUAUUGUCCAAGAUGUAUAUGUCUCGGAUGAAGCAAUCAGCAUGUACAAUCACAACGAUUGUGUUUUUCAUUGGCACUCACUCCCCAAUUAUGGUGUUUUUUGGGGAGCUAGUUCUUUCGUUUGACAUUUGUACGGAGUUUUUCCUAUUGACACUGCUGCCAGAGAUGUACACCGAAUUCACACACUUUUGGUCCUUUAGAGAAUGUCACUUGGCAUUGCUAGGGGACUCCCUUGCAGCAAAUUUCUCUCUCUGCUACAAAAACCGCACAACCAUUGAAGUAUGGGUGAUGAAGAAGGCCUUCAACCGCCUGGUUAAGGCUGGGGAAUCCUUCUCCUCAUACAGGUGGUCUCAAGAAUUCACUGUGGAACUGCCACAGUCACUCUACACAUGUAUCACAGUGGGUUUCUGGAAUAAGAAUGAGCUUCUAAUCUGGACCGACGUGCAGGUUUUUGAUUUAAGAUCUAGAGGAAGAGGAAGAGGAGCCCCACUCUUGUACCACAUGGUUACCAAACAGGCUAGGGAUUUGCAGAUUUCUGGUUGGGGCUACUUUUGGAGUUUUCUUGUGAUCAUGGUUGUAAGUACUUGUGUUGAGUUCUUUUUGGUUGGAAAUUUGGUUCUAUUAUUUCACUCAGUUGACUAUAUGAAAUUCUAUAGUUGUACUAGCCACUAGGUUCGGGCCCAUCAUUUUCACCUACUAGCUUUGUCUGAGUUAGCAAGGAGAGAGUCAUGAGUUUGAAGAUGUAAGAACAUCUAUAGUAGGCUAGCCAUUUGGCCAUUUUAUCUAUUUUGCAUAGCCAAAAGGCGAAAGCCCAUUUCCUUGCUCUAGCACCUAUGUUCUCACUUGGCAAUUUGAAAAAUCGCUAACAGUGACUCGCCACCCCCAGCGAGUCACUGUAGUAGAGGCAUCCCUUAUUUUAUUCGUUUUCCCCUCCAUGGCUCUGUUCUCCCGCGUUACUUUCACCUCCUGCAUUUCCCUCCUUCCUCUCUCUUCGUUGGUUAUUUUGGGUAAUUUAGAUGCUUAGGCGAUUAGAGUCCUACUUUUAUGGAUUAUUUUCAAGGGGCCCGAAGCGGUGCUUUUGUGGUUUUAGUUUGUUUGAUGGUGAAUCUUAUCAGAAGAUGUGUUUAUGUGAACAUAUCUAAUGGAAUUCGAUAUAAAAAAAUCCAAAAUUAUGUCUCAAUCUUUAGGAUACACUUUGUUGAGAUCUACCCAAUCCAAAUUGUGAGUGAAUUGGUUGGUUUGGCUAAUCCAUGUUGCAAUGGAAUGUCAACUUAUAUGACAACUAUACAAGCUUUGUGGUUAGUAGCUUGUAUAGUUGGGACAAGGGAGAUUGUAAUCCCGUUAUUGAUCAGUUUUAGAUUGGUUAGAGGCUUCGAGCUUUUUUUUGUCAAGUAGGAGCGAUGUAU